AGUCAGAAAGUAGCAAUGUCAGAAGAUUCAGUAACAGCCUUGGUCUUGGCAAGAGGAGGCAGCGUUUCCAUUCCCAAAAAGAACAUUUGUCAUCUUGGUGGAGAGCCUCUGCUCACUCGCUGCAUCCGUGAACUCAAGUCUGCCAAAUGCUUUUCCAACAUUUGGGUUAGCACAGAUGAUCAAUCCAUAGCACAAGUGGCUUUGUCUGCUGGUGCACAAGUUCAUUGGAGAGCCAAUUUCACAGCAACCAACGAGGCUUCUUCACUCUGUGCUGUGCAAGAGUUUUUGCAGCAACAGAAGCAGUGUUGUGUUGGUACUCUGUGUUUGGUACAGUGUACAUCCCCUUUUUUAGAGGCAUCUUAUAUAAGGCAAGGCAUUAAGAAGAUAUUUGAUGGUAUUGCAGACUCUGUAUUCACCGUCACUAGAUCUCACUCUCUUCGUUGGUCUGAGAUUGAUGAUUACAUCACUCCCCUGAAUUUUUGUCCAUCAAAUCGUCCUUCACGUCAGUCAUGGCAAGGAGAACUAUGUGAAAAUGGAAUGUUUUAUAUGACCAGUGCUGAUGCAAUUGUGAAAACUGGCUUGUUACAGAGUGGACGUUGCAGUGCUGUAAUUGUAGACCCAGAGGACAGCCUAGAUAUUGAUACACCAUUAGAUCUGUUUCAAGCUGAACUCAUCCUCAUGGCAAGACAUAUGCUUAGUGGGUUACCACCUGGUGCCCAGUGUGAAAAAUUGAAAGAACUUUGUUCAGUGAUGGCGGAGAGAGCUGAGGGUAGUGGCUGGGAGGACUCUCCCAAUUCUGAGGAGCGGACUCCUGAUUAUCACAAAUUAUUAGAAUAUGGCCUUAAUGAGAAGGUUUCCCUUAAACUUGACCAGAUAUACCAACAAGGGAAGCUGAGGCAUGAGGAUCUGGAUGAGCGUGCGCUGGAUGCCCUAAAGGAGUUCCCUGUAGACGGAGCUCUGUCAGUCCUCAAGCAGGUGCUGGAUAGCAACCUGGAACACGUCUCAAAUAAGUCAGCUUAUUUGUGCGGCGUCAUGAAGACUUAUCGCCAGAGAAAGCAGUACAAUGAUGGGAAUGGCAGUGGGAGCUUUAACCCCUGUGGCUCGGGACCAAAUGAAGAGAAAUUGAGGGCCAUUCUGGACCGCACUGGCUACACACUUGACGUGACUACGGGACAGCGCAAGUAUGGCGGCCCUCCUCCUAACUGGGAUGGUCCCCCUCCUGGCCCUGGCUGCGAGGUUUUCUGUGGUAAAAUCCCAAAAGAGCUGUACGAAGAUGAGCUCAUUCCACUGUUCGAGAAGUGCGGCGACGUGUGGGACUUACGUCUCAUGAUGGAUCCUUUGACAGGACAGAACAGAGGCUAUGCUUUUGUUACCUUCACCUCGCGCUCAGGCGCUGACCAGGCCGUCGCCACGCUUGAUAAUUACAAUAUUCGCGAAAAUGUGGCCCUCAAAGUCAAUGUUAGUAUACCUAACCUUCGGCUGUUUGUGGGCAACAUUCCCAAAUCAAAGUCGAAGGAUGAAAUACAGGAAGAAUUUGCAAACCGCACAGCUGGACUCGUGGAAGUGAUCAUCUACAGCAGUCCUGAUGACAAGAAGAAGAACAGAGGCUUCUGCUUCCUUGAGUACGAGUCGCAUAAGGCUGCAUCGCUGGCCAAGCGACGGCUGUCGUCAGGACGCCUCAAAGUUUGGGGCUGCGAGAUCAUUGUUGACUGGGCCGACCCUCAGGAGGAGCCUGAUGAUGAUACCAUGUCCAAGGUGAAAGUUCUCUAUGUGAGAAACCUGACGCAGGCAACGACUGAAGACAUGAUCAAAGAAACUUUUGAACAGUUCGGCACCGUUGAACGCGUCAAGAAGAUCAAAGACUACGCAUUUGUGCACUACGACGAAAGAGAUGCUGCAGUCAAGGCAAUGACCAGCUUGCAAAAUUCUGAUUUGGGAGGGGCUAACAUGGAGAUCUCCCUGGCCAAACCUCCUUCUGACAAGAAGAAGAAAGAAGAGAUUCUCCUUAAGAGAGAAAAGCGCCUCAUGCAAAUGCUCACACAAAGAGGGAUGCCUGUUCCUCCAGCGAUGAUGCGCAGCGGAGGAGGGAUGGGAGGGCGAGGGGGGAGAGGGGGCGGAGGUCGUGGUGGGGGUGACUACGAUUAUGAUUACGACUAUUACGGUUACGGCGAUUAUCCAGGAGGCUACCGUGAUCCCUAUUAUGAAGACUAUUUCCGAAUCGACGAUUUCUAUUACCCACCUGAGUACAGUCACGGAGGUCCGCCUCCUCCGAUGGGUGGUCCACGCUACAAACCCAUGCCGAGUGGCCCCCGCGGUUACGGUGGCAUGGUGAGUCGUGGGGCCCGCGCCCCCCUCCCACCUGGCCCCUCCCCCCCUCACCGUAUCCCGGGCCGGGGGGCCAUGGGCCCGCCACCUCUUUCGACCAGCCGAGGUGGGCCUAUGGGCCGUUUAGGGGGGCGACCUGGUGUUGGGCGAGGGGGCGGGUACAGAGGGGGGCCAUCCUCUACGCGGGGCGCUAAUUUAGCAGAGAAGCGCAAGUUGGAGGGAAGCGUUGGGGGCGGAGGGGCGCAGCUACACCCACAACAGCAUCAUCACCAACAACCCCCGCACUCUGGGGAGUCCAAGAGAAGGAGUGGUGAAGCCAGCAGUCAGUUUGACUGGGGCUCACAACCUAUCCCACAGCAACCACUGUCAUCCUCAUACCACUGGGGCAGCUAAAAUACACUAACUAAUCGCGUCAUCACACACUCUAUUCUCACCUUAUUUAUUACUGACAAUUUUUAUUGCAUAACGUAUGCAUUGGGGAGCACGAGAAAAGUUUUCAGGCUAUACUGACGACACACAUCGCGAGUAGGAAAUGACGAUAUAUAUUGUCUUAGUUGACAUGACACGCCCGGGAAGAAAAAGACAACGGAGACUCCGUUCUUCAUGAUUCUCUUGAUGGUCUGAAGAGGUCAUCUGUAUUGCGUAAAUACCAAGUUACACUGUUUUUAGGAUAAUCUUAUUAUUUUUAAUAUGGACGUCUUGUUACUACAACACUUGAUGACGGAUGGCAUGCCAACGGGGGGAGCUAUGAAGUCAUGACGCUGGAGGGAUUUCUAAGGACCGAUGAAGUAGAAGGCAGCGGACAGAGGUGUGUGUUUGUGGUGCUAGACAACUGACUCGGUGGUCGAGGGGGACGUACGAGGGGCGGAGAGAACGAGUGUGUGUGGCUUGAAGGUCCCCAGUCAGUGAGCAAUGUACCUGAACGAAGUCGCAAGACUUCAUUAGGAAAGCUAAGGCUACUCUAUUGUUGCACCAAGUACGUGAAAAGUAAUGAUCUGGUAUCCACUGCUUUGAUUUGGGUCAAAAAAAUUCAAAUGAUUGAAUUUUGUUGUUUGUUUGGAGAAGCCAAGUCUUCCGGUAACUGCCUGGUCAUUCCCCCCCGUUCUGCAUCACUUAAAAUGAACUCUACGGAGCAAGUCGCGGCACAGCCAUCCAAAUUACUAGCUCUCAUCAAAAACAUUCUCAUCAUCAACAGAGAUGCUAAAUUUCUUUGCUUUUAAUUCUUUCUACUUUUCCGUUCUCUCUAAAUUGAAUGGAUGUCUGAUGAAUGCUGAAUGUUAAGUAAAUGCUUCACUUUAGUGAUAUUUCCUGGAAUACCUUGAGAUUUUCGCAGCUUGUGUACUGUAGUUUGUGAAUUAGAUAGUAGUGCAUGGUGUUAAAUUGCUAAAACGCAUCUCUGAAACAAAUACCAUAUAAUGUAAUUACCAAUCCACACAUCAUUGUUCUGUGCUUGCUAAGGACGAGUUCUCGCUGAUGAAAAUUGCGCCCUCAAAGAAAAGGCGGAACUGCUGUCGUAGCUUGCUAAAAGUUGGGCCCUUGGACCCCAUUGUACUCUUCUGUUAGCAUUGCCUAAAUUGUGUGAUUAGAGUGAACUUGAGUGGAUAUUUCAUUAGAUUAGUAAUUUUCUCUCCUAAUUGUGGUCGAAUACGAGGACAGCUUGGGUCCGUGUUUCACGAUCCGAUAAUUCUAAAUAUUACUGCUAUUAUUACCUUUGGAUGUCAAUUGAAAAGAGGGAAAUACCGUCGCUCUUGCUAUGUAAUUGGUGUAAAGUGUUAUUAUUGUAGGUCAGCCAACGUUGACACUCGACACUUUUUGUAAUUUUUGUUCGUUAUGAGAGCUGUUGCUUUCGUUCUCCUACCGCAGCUCGUUUGAGACUGCGUGUGCCAUAGGAGCUAGAAUAAUUUUUACCGCGCUUGACUCCAACUAUUGAAGUUUGUCUAUAAUUUGAGCUUUAGAAGAAUUUGUGUUGACCCGUACGCUGUCUACCGUUGCUAUCAAUAAAUAACACGUUGAAUUGAUCGUGGUGAAUUUCUGUACAUCUUCAGUGACUUCAUUACCCUCAUCUGGCCAAAAGUAAGCAAGUUUACGCGUGGAUCUGCAAAAUGUGCCACCACUCGAUUCACAAGAAAGUAAACACUGUUUACAA